AUGGAAGCUGUGGCCAGCGGCGCAGCGCACAGGCGGUGGGAGACUUCGGGAAGAAGCUCGCAGUACAGCUUGAGGAUGUCGAACCUCGCCAAGGACGGCGCACAGUUCGUGAUAGCGCACGUCCACUGCCCCGCGCAGAUGAUCCCCAUGAUGGGAACAAAAAUUCAUUAUACCAGGUUGGAUCCAGAACAGGUUAAGGACCACAGAAAAAUGGAGCUAGAGAAGGCAUCCGGAAGACUCGAUGAAUAUGUUGUUCUAUGCGCAUUACGGAAGGUCAGCUGUGAGAAAAUAAUAAUUGAGAAUGAUGAUGUUGCUAGAGGACUUGAGGAGCUUAUUACCCUUCAUGGCAUCACCAAGCUUGUCAUGGGAGCAGCAUCAGACAAAUAUUACUCAAAAUAUGAAACUGAAUCUCAACAGUCAAAGAAAGAAGUGUUUGAAGAAUCAAGCAAGCGCCGAAAGGCAGAACUUGAUCUGCUUUCAGCUCUUCAAAAGGCCAAGGAGUUGGAGAAGUUGUAUCAUCACGAGUUACGACAGCGGAAAACAAUUGAGGAGGCACUCUCAAUACAGAGGCGGGAGAUGGAAGAAACGAGAGUCAAGUGCGAGACGUUGUACGAGGAACUACACGACGCAGGAGAAGAACAUGUCAUACUGGAGCAGUGCAUUACGGAGGUGAAGUCUGCUCGGGACGAUGAGAAGCAGAAGCUGGCAGCAAGCAAGAACUUUGUAGAAGAGCUGAGGGCAGAUAAAGAGAAACUGCAGCAGGAGAGGGAUGCUACAGCUGAAGAGUUGAGGCAGACGAAGAAGGAGCAGAGAGUUUCAGUUCCGGCAGCUGAAGCGGUAAUAAACACCGAGUUCUCUGCCUCUGAGCUUGAACAGGCAACUCGAAGUUUCGACGAAGCGCUCAAGAUCGGCGAGGGUGGGUUCGGAUGCGUCUACAGAGGCUCACUUCGCAGCACAGGCCCAGAAGAUCGCCGAGAUGGUGGAGGACGCCAUGGAGGAGGGGGGUCUGCAGUCCAUCAUUGA